UUUAUUUUGCGAAAACAUUUUUUAUAUUUUAAUAAUGAAUAAUUUUAGAGCUGGAAAAUCUGGCAUUGCAGCAGAAACCCAAAGCAAGAUUGAGGCAAAUUUUGACCCACAAGAGGCAGCCAAAUGUUUGUACUGGAUCAAGUUGAUGACAGAUGCUGAAGAGAUACCAGGUGUUCUUGAAGAGAUUGAUGCAUCACAUGAUAAUUUCCAUGAGUUACUUGGGGAUGGUGUGAUUUUGCUCAAGUUGAUGGACCGCCUCUGCCCGGACCACAUCAACUGGAAUGACAAGAUGUUCCAGAAGGCACGCAUAGAAGCCAUGCAGUUGAUGAGGGAAAGGGAGCGCAUUGCUACCUUCACCAAGUUAGCUCAGGAGUACGGGGUCACGGGGACUUACACAUUCCCCACAGAAUCCCUGCACGAAAAGGGGGCACUCAAUCUGGCCCAAGUCUGCACUUGCAUCAGGGCAUUGGGUGUUGAGGCCCAAACGAAACCUGACUAUGAAGGCCCUGAAGGAUUCUGGCCAAAAAAAUGUGAGAGAAACAUUAGGGAGUUUACAGAGGAGCAGCUGAAUGCUGGUAAGAACAUCAUCAGCUUGCAGUACGGAAGUAACAAGGGAGCCUCCCAAGCCGGCAUGAACAUGGGCAAGCCCAGACAGAUCAAUGAUUGAUUGGUCAAUUGAUUGAUUGAAAGAUUGAAUGACUGAUUGAUUGAGUGAUUGAUUGUUUGACUGGAUGAUUGAUUGACUAGUUGUUUUCAAAUAAGGAUAAUAUAACGCUGAUCUGAUGAAUAUUGAUAAUUAUUUUUUAAAGUUUCAGUGA